GAGAGGAGUCUUCUGAGAGCUUGGGGAGAGACAGGGGGUUUGGACGGUGCGGAGUUGGAGUCGGGGCUGGGUCGGCAGCGAGCCCCGCUGGGGAGCAGGAGCGGCUGGAAGGCCCCCCCUCCCCUCCCCUCCCCGCUGAGGCUGGGGUGGAGAGCAUGCGGGCCGGAGCGUAAGAGCGGGGAAGGCUGAGCCCGCUUCUCCGUGGGGAGCCGUGUGUGGAAGGGGAUUGAAUGAGUUUUGGAUUGUUUGAAGAGACAUCCAUUCAGCUGGCUUGGAGGAUCAGACAUUCAUAUAAAUGCCGUAUAUAAAUGUAAAAGAGGACUGCAAAGCUAUGGCUUUCUGUGCAAAAAUGAGAAGUUCCAAGAGAAAUACCGAAGUGAAUACAGAAGCUCAAGAGCAAGGGUUGGAAGUAGCAUUCUAUUUACAAGAUAAGCCUUCUCUUCGGUAUACAUAUGGCAAGUAUACAGCAGAAGACCUUUGCAUUGAAGCUGCCCAGAAAUGCUUUAUAUCUCCACUAUGUCACAAUCUAUUUGCACUCUUUGAUGAGAGAAGAAAUUUGUGGUACGCACCAAAUCAUGUCUUCCAAAUAGAGGACAAGACUGCACUCCGUGUUCAUUAUCGUAUGAGGUUUUACUUUACUAAUUGGCAUGGGACAAAUGAAAAUGAACCGUCUGUUUGGAGAUAUUCUUCAAAGAAGACAAAGAACUUGUAUGAGAAAAAACAGGUGCAAGAAGGCACUCCUCUUCUUGAUGCAAAUUCACUAGAAUACAUUUUUGCACAGGGGCAAAAUGAUUUGGUGAGAUGUUUUGCACCUGUUCGGGACCCUAAAAAUGAUCAAGAAAUUCAUGAAAUUGAAAAUGAAUGCCUGGGUAUGGCUGUCCUUGCUAUCUCCCACUAUGCAAUAAAAAAGAACUUGAGGCUACCAGAACUUCUCAAGGAUGUAAGCUACAAACGGUAUAUUCCUGAAACUCUAAACAAGGCUAUUAGACAGAGGAACAUCUUAACCAGGGUACGGAUAAACAAUGUUUUCAAAGAUUUCCUUAAGGAAUUUAACAAGAAGACCAUUUGCGACAGCAGUGUUUCACCACAUGAUCUGAAAGUGAAAUACUUGUCAACAAUGGAAACAUUAACAAAGCGUUAUGGAGCAGAAAUAUUUAAAACCUCAUCGUUGCUGAUUUCAUCAGAGAAUGAGAAAAGCUUUAACCUGAGUGACUCUGAAACUCUCCCACAAUAUGAAGUUAUGGUGACAGGCAAUCAUGGAAUCCAGUGGAGACUGAAACCACUUGUUACACAGAAUGAGAAAGAAAAACUCAAAAUAAAGAGGAAAAGAUCAGAAAGCAAAGUCAAGAAAAAUGAAGAAAAAAAUAAGAAAGAGGAAUGGAAUAGUUUUUCUUACUUUCUUGAAAUUACUCACAUUGUGAUCAAGGACCACACAGUCUGUACGUACAGACAAGACAACAACAGAAUGGAACUUGUACUCUCUUCGCACGAAGAAGCUCUGUCAUUUGCUGCUUUGCUAGAUGGAUAUUUCAGGCUUACUGCAGAUGCCCAUCACUAUCUCUGCACAGAUGUUGCUCCACCUUUAAUAAAGCACAACAUUAAAAAUGGAUGCCAUGGCCCCAUUUGCACAGAGUAUGCUAUCAACAAGCUGAGGCAGGAAGGCAAUGAGGAGGGAAUGUAUGUGCUGAGGUGGAGCUGUACAGAUUUCAACAAUAUCCUCUUAACUGUGACAUGUGUUGAAUACUCACAGCAAAUCUUAAAUCUUCCCAAACAGUACAAAAACUUCCAGAUUGAAAUGAAGAAAGAUGGAUGUGUCUUACAUGGGUCAGAUAAGCUCUUCCCAACUCUGACAGAGCUGAUGGAUCACUUAAAAGGACAGAUUCUUAGGACAGACAAUAUUGUUUUCACUCUCAAGAGAUGCUGUCAGCCAAGGCCAAGAGAAAUUUCUAAUUUGUUAGUAGCUACAAAGAGAUCCCAAGAAUGGCAGCCAGUGUGUCCACCAGGCCAGCUAAGUUUCCACCGUAUCCUUAAAGAUGAAAUAAUCCAAGGUGAACACCUUGGCAGAGGAACAAGGACACAGAUUUACUCUGGGAUUCUUAGCUAUAAGGAUGAUGAAAGUUAUCAGACUGAAAAAGAAAUGAAAGUUCUGCUUAAAGUUUUGGACCCUAGUCACAGAGACAUUUCUCUGGCAUUUUUUGAAACGGCAAGCAUGAUGAGGCAGAUUUCCCACAAACACAUUGUCCUCCUUCAUGGAGUUUGUGUCCGUGAUGUAGAAAACAUUAUGGUGGAAGAGUUUGUUGAAUUUGGACCUCUGGAUCUCUUUAUGCAUCGCAACAGUGAUGUGCUAACAACACCUUGGAAAUUCAAAGUAGCAAAACAGUUGGCAAGUGCUUUAAGCUAUCUGGAGGACAAAGAUCUGGUACAUGGAAAUGUGUGUACAAAAAAUAUAUUGUUGGCAAGGGAGGGAACUGAUAAUGAAUAUGGACCUUUCAUAAAACUGAGUGAUCCAGGAAUUCCAAUUACAGUGCUGUCUAGGCAAGAAUGUGUUGAACGGAUCCCUUGGAUUGCACCUGAAUGUGUUGACGACUCCAAAAACUUAGGCAUAGCAGCAGAUAAGUGGAGCUUUGGGACAACCCUGUGGGAAAUCUGCUACAAUGGAGAGAUUCCACUUAAAGACAAGACAUUGGCAGAGAAGGAGAGGUUUUAUGAAGGACGUGCCAUGCUCCCGACCCCAUCCUGCAAGGAGCUAGCUGAUCUGAUAAAGCAGUGCAUGCACUAUGACCCUAACCAAAGACCAUUCUUUAGGGCAAUUAUGCGUGAUAUCAACAAACUAGAAGAACAAAAUCCUGAUAUUGUUUCGGAGAAAAAGCCUACUGCAGAGUUUGAUGCCAGUAAUUUUGAAAAACGGUUCUUGAAACGGAUUCGUGACUUAGGAGAGGGUCACUUUGGCAAAGUUGAACUCUGCAGGUAUGAUCCUGAGGGUGACAAUACAGGAGAACAAGUAGCAGUAAAGUCACUGAAACCAGAGUGUGGUGGGAACCAUAUUGCUGACCUCAAGAAAGAAAUCGAAAUUCUGAAGAAUCUUUAUCAUGAAAAUAUUGUGAAAUACAAAGGAAUCUGCACUGAAGAUGGUGGAAAUGGCAUUAAACUUAUCAUGGAGUUUCUUCCUUCUGGGAGUCUGAAGGACUAUCUCCCCCGAAACAAGAGCAAGAUCAGUCUGAAGCAACAACUGAAAUAUGCUGUCCAAAUCUGCAGGGGAAUGGACUAUCUGGGACUUCAACAAUAUGUUCACCGAGACUUAGCAGCCAGAAACGUCUUAGUUGAAAAUGAGCAGAAAGUAAAAAUUGGAGAUUUUGGGCUAACCAAAGCAAUAGGGACUGACAAGGAAUACUAUAAAGUCAAUGAUGAUCGAGACAGCCCUGUUUUCUGGUAUGCUCCUGAAUGCUUACUACAGUGCAAGUUCUACAUUGCUUCAGAUGUCUGGUCUUUUGGAGUGACUCUUUAUGAAAUACUGACUUAUUGUGAUACUGACUGCAGUCCUAUGACAGAAUUCUUAAAGAUGAUCGGUCCAACUCAAGGCCAGAUGACAGUGACACGGCUUGUGCGCAUAUUAACAGAUGGCAAACGCUUACCAUGUCCUAAAAAUUGCCCAGAAGAGGUUGAUCAACUGAUGAGGAAAUGCUGGGGAUAUGAGCCAGGCGAACGAACCACCUUUCAAAACCUAAUUGAAGGAUUUGAAGCACUUAUAAAUAAGAUGUAAUCCAACAUUUUUCUACUGCUACCACUUAAAUGUUUGAAAAGUAUAUAUAAGACUUUUUAUUAUCAUCUGUUGUAAUUUGUAUUUUGGUAAAGCUGUCUUUGUCCAAAAGGUUUGUUUCUCCCCUUUCAACCAAGGAGUUUAAAAAUUUUGCUAAGCACUUUGUUGCCGCAAAUACCUAUGCUACUCGUACAAUUGUAAUAGUUCUGCCUUUAAGAAUCUGACUGGUAUGAAGAAACUUCCAGUACUGGUGAUGGCGUCUUUUGAUCAGCAUAUUUUUUAAUGCACUUAUCUUAAAAUAAGGGUUUUUAAUAAUAUACUUAAAAACAGCUUGAGUCACAUUGGACUAAUAAACCCAAAGUAGCCAUCGUAAAUUUGGUGUAACGUUGCUACUUUCAGUGCACAUUACUACUACUUUCAUAAAAUGUUUUCUUUAAAAAAACAAGCAGAAGCAUCUAUGUCAUCUUUUAAAAAUGAACAUUAAGCAGGAAUGACGCAUGAUUUUAUUUAUACUAAGCUUUUGAUUGUUUUCCAUCUACUCUUAAAGAGAGAAUAUACUAAAGUUCAGAUGUCAUUAGCAAUAUAAUAAUGAUCCAAAACUUCUAACGUUUAAUACGUCAAAUUAUCCCAGGAAGUUAUCAUUAUUUAAUGUUCUGGUUCAUUUACUUCCCUUUAAAAGGGGAGCUUUCUCUUUUCUUUGAGGAACUUCUAGAUAAGCAUACAACAUUGGUCUCCAGUGUAGUACCUGUGGUACCUGCCAUUGGGUUUUCAGGUGUCCAUUUGCUGCUUCUAUGGAACACAUCUUACCCAAAGAAAGGAACCAGUCCUGGCUUUCCUCCAAUUCUUUGGUGCAGGUGGUGGUUCAGAAGAACACAGAAGUCAUCUUAUCUGGUGUUAGAGAUUAGGCCUCUUACCAUGGCAGCCAUUUACUGCCUGUUGUCAAAAUUCCAAAGUGCCCUGUGCUGAGCCUGGUUGCGGACCUGACAUACAGUAUAAAGAGAGGGGGGGGGAACCCACACCACUAGUGACUGAUCUUUGUGAAAAGUGGAGAAUAAUUCCAUGCACAAUAUAUUAAAAAGGACAGGAUUUGUCAUUCAGGGUUUCAGUCGAAUAUUGCACCAUGGUUAAUGGUGCAUGGUUAAUAGUUUCAUGUGUGCCAAUUUUUGAAAUCAUGACCUGUGAGCAAAUUAAAUUGUUUUAAGGGGAAAAUUCUUAGGGUUAUACUGAGGAAGGAACAAAAAUGUAAUGCAUGACAGCAUUCUGGACUUUUAUUAAAUGUGCAGAUGAUCAGACUAAACAACACAGCAAUGGGUUUAACCAGGAUCAAAAAAACUUUUCACAGUCAAACUUUGAUCCAGCAAUGGUAAACUACAUAAGGAUUUCCCUGUAGAUUCUACCCCCAUUAGGUACAAAGGAAGAAGACAGAAAAGGAAAAAUAUAUCACAGCCAGAAAGUGCAUUGUUAAGAUUGUCAAAAUGGUGAUGUUGCCCCGAUCACCUCUGAGGAUACGAUUGAAUCCAGACACACACACCCCACCAGUGACUGAUCUUUUUGGAAAAUGGAGAAUAAUUCCAUGCACAUAUCUCCCUGGUUAGGACCAUAAUUUAUGCCUGACUGCAACAUGUUUUACUCUUAUAUGAAUUCAGUAGGCAUUUACAGGUGAAAUAAGAUUAUGGGCAUUUUGGUAAUAACUGUUCUUUAAUGUAAAUUGUGUUUUCCCCUCUACCUUAGAGCCUAAUAUUGUUUUGAAGACUUACUCAAGAGUUUGCAGUAAUUUAAAAGUCAAUUAGAUAAAAGACCUGCCAAUUUAAUUCUUGAAUCUGUCAGUUUAGAAUCAUCUUGCACUAUUGACUGAUUCUUCUGUAGUGUAACUAUAAACCAUUACUCUACAUGCACUUUGUUAUUCUUUAUAAAAUAAAAAGGUUUUAUCUAUGGAUGUUUAA